AGGACGGCAAUCUAGAAAACGCGGUUCCAACUCAACAAGUCGGCCAAAUGGGCAUUUUGCUGUUCCUUUACCUGAUCUCGAACAGCUUUCCAGCGGAAUUACACAGAGACAAAAUCUACCAAUUGGUCAAGAGGAAUUUCAGUCCAGGUAUCUUUCGGACCCUUAAAGGCCACUCAGCCGACUCCCUUCUUGAGAAUCUACUUCCACUCGCGGUUGAGGCUGAGAUCUAGCAAUGGUCAAGAAUCUCAUAAAGGCAGGAGCGAAUGUUGAUGCAAACAAGUGCAAGCUUGAUCAUUGCCCUAUCCCUUUGACACCAUUGCAAUUUGCAUGCUUCAAAGCCAAUGUACCAUUGGCGCAAGAGUUGAUCACAGCUGGGUCGACAAUCGAUGCACCCGAACCUGGAUGGAAAUGCAGCGCAAUACUUCUUGCUAUAUAUGGUCAUGAUCAAUCCCGUUGGCGUGGUGUCCAAUGGCCGAAACCGGUGGACAAUGAGGGGCUUCUUGACUUAGUGCAGAAACUCAUCGCUGGAGGCGCGAGUGUUAAUGGCAGCGAAACUGACAUGAACGCCACAACGGAAUCCAUACGUCAAUGGAGAGUCAAACUCGAACCUGGAUACCUUUUCUACGAAAUCAUUGUCGAGCAGCACUCCCCAUUGACCUUGGCAUCUAAAUACAAGUACAAAGAGCUUGUAGACUUUCUUGUUCUGGAAGGGGCUGAUAUUCAAUUUCACACAGACGGUACAUCAUCCGCUCUGAGGCAAUGCCUCCACGAUUUACCGGACUGGUUCGAGGGCAAACCAUACGCAUUAGCCGACCGUCUCAAUGAAUGGGACGACGAAUCUGCGGCACGAUCUACAAUCGUAAAUAUGGCUCACAGUCUUAUGCAAGCCGGUGCGGAUCUUAACGACCAUAUUCCUUGCGAAUUCAUUGACUAUUGUGAGCACUUUUGCUUGGAAUGCUAUUCAGUCCUUAAUUUAGCGGUACUCAUUGAAAGUCCCGAGCUCGUGGAUGUCAUGCUCCACGCGGGUGCCAAAACAACAUAUCACUCUUUGGAUCUCGCUAUUGAAGUUAAAAGUUUCAAUAUCUUCAGCAAGCUCCUAGCCAAAGGCGCAACUAUUCCCGAGUGGGCAACCACCGAAAAGGGAAAUGCAUCCUCCCUCUGUAUUCUAGAGGCAGAUCCUAGAGAUGUGAACCACUUUGAUCUCCAGAGCAAGAGAGCGCUGGUUCUGGCCGCCCUCCGUCUCGGAGCUACUUCAGAGCUGGAUAGUCUGAUCAAAUCCAUGAAUGGCUCCAGAAAUCUCUUGGAUGGCUGCACUGGACUCACUAGUGCGAUCGAAGAUUGCUGUAGAAGUGGACAUUAUGAACCACUGAGGCACAUGCUUGAAGCUGGCAUCAUACCUAAAUCGCACCCGGCACUGUUUGGGCGUUCUGUUCCUCUGAUUAUUCAGCAUAAUCGAGAAAAGAUGCUGGAUUUGGUCCUGGAAAAUGGAGCGGAUGUCAACGCGCGAUAUUAAAAUCCGGGGGGGCCUGGAAAGCCCCCAAUACUUCUCGCCAUAGAGAAGGGUAACUUGGAACUCGUUCGGAAGCUACUAAGGGCGGGAGCAAACGUCGACAAUACAAAGGUUUGCAAACAGACCGGAUGUUCCACACAAGGACCUGAGAAUAUGCUGGUCGCGGCGAUUGCAACCAACAAUUUGCCAGUGAUUGAGGAGGUCCUCCAAAUAUGUGCCCAGGUCAACGGCUUCGGUAAAAUGGAUAAAUAUUAUUUUGUCUCUCCAAAUUGCCUGUGCUGCACUCCAAUUACCAUGGCUAUCAAGGAGCGAAACUGGAAGUUGGUUGAUCGACUU